UGUGGCAGAGAAUUCCAGAGAUUCAUCACUCUCUGUGUGAAAAAUGUUUUCCUCAUCUCGGUCCUAAAAGAUUUCCCCCUUAUCCUUAAACUGAGACCCCUUGUUCUGGACUCCCAACAUCGGGAACAAUCUUCCUGCAUCUAGCCUGUCCAACCCCUUAAGAAUUUUGUAAGUUUCUAUAAGAUCCCCCCUCAAUCUUCUAAAUUCUAGCGAGUACAAGCCGAGUCUAUCCAGUCUUUCGUCAUAUGAAAGUCCUGACAUCCCAGGAAUCAGUCUGGUGAACCUUCUCUGUACUCCCUCUAUGGCAAGAAUGUCUUUCCUCAGAUUAGGAGACCAGAUCAUGUAUUGUCUUUCCACUGACUGGUUAGCACGCAACUAAAGGUUUUCACGGUACCUCAGUACACGUGACAAUAAACUAAACUAAACUAAACUAAACUAAACUAAACUAAACUGUUUUCUGCCUGAGCGUAUUACUCUUGUUUCAUUAAUUCCAAUCACAUAGUUAGGUUUAAUUUCCAAACCUUUUCUCUCUGCCGAUUGGAAGGAAUCUUUCCAGUUUUAAUGGAAAUGAUAAUAUUGCUCUGAUUUUUACUGGCAAUGCGCUAAUAAUCUAUUAACAGCAUCCUCGGAAAGAAAAAUGAUUUGAGGUUUGCAGCAAUGAGGCAGACGGCUCCACAAAUAAAACUCGGGUGUUUACUUUGAAUAUAAUUUUUGAAUUGAUUUGGUUUUUGGCAACAGUUCUGUGCCUCCUUCAACUCACUGCAGCACCUGACUCGGCUCCACUGCCUAAAGAGAGUUUGAAUCUGCUAGUUCGUGGUUCCAGAGAGAAGGAAGAGAAUAAGAUCUGGGUGGCUUCACCAAGCACCAGUAUGGCUGUACGGUAACUGAAAUAUCACUGUACCUUAAUUGGUGCAUGAGACAUUAAACGCGAACUUGAACUUGAACCUCCGUCUCCUCAGAUUUGAAGAUGACACGUGGAAGGGUCGUUCUUCUACUUCUCCUGGAGUUUGUACUGGUGGAGAGCGUCGUGGUGACCAGACAAACCGAACAGUCGCGAGUGUGGGAGGGAGACCGAGCGGUAGAUCAGCAACGUAUCGAGAAAGAAUGCGUGGGCAAGGCCUUGGACCUGGUCUUCAUCAUCGACAGUUCACGUAGUAUACUGCCCCGCGACUUCGAGAGGGUGAAGGACUUCAUCGUCAAUAUCCUCCGCUUCCUGGAUGUUGGUCUGGAGAAGACCAGGGUGGGCCUGGUCCUCUACGGCAGCACGGUGGAGAAGAUCUUCUCGCUGGGCACCCACGGGAAGGUGGAGGACAUGGAGCGGGCGGUCAGGAGGAUGGAGCACCUGGCCACGGGCACCAUGACAGGCAUGGCCAUCAAGUACACAGCCGACGUGGCCUUCUCCGGCCAGGAGGGGGCGAGGCCGCUGGGCCUGAGCAUCCCGCGGGUGGCCGUCAUCGUGACGGACGGGAGGCCCCAGGACCCCGUGGCGGAGCCAGCAGCACGAGCCAGGGACGCGGGCAUCCUCAUCUUUGCCGUGGGCGUGGGCCGGGUGGACAUGACCACCCUGCGGCUCAUCGGCAGCGAGCCGCACGAGAAGCACGUCUUCUUCGUGCAGAACUUCAGCAUGAUCCAGACCCUCCUCUCAGAGUUCCACACCAAGAUCUGUGACACAGAUCUUUGCGGGGUAGUGGGCCAUGGAUGCGAGCAGAUCUGUAUAAAUGCGCCAGGAUCAUUCAUCUGCAAAUGUAAAGCAGGAUUCAUCCUGAACAGCGAUCAGAAAACGUGCAGAAGGAUCGACCAGUGCCAGGUUGGGGAACAUGGGUGUGAGCACGAAUGUGUCAGCACAGCGACUUCAUAUAGUUGCCGAUGUCGCACAGGAUUCACACUCAAUCCAGAUGGGAGGACGUGUCGGCGCACCAACGUCUGCCUCUCAGCCAAGAACACAUGUGAGCAUGAAUGUGUCAGCACCGCAGACAGUUACCUCUGCAGAUGUUGGAAAGGAUACAUACUUAAUCCAGAUGGGAAGUCCUGCCGACAGUGUAGCAGUGGAGCAAUGGAUCUUGUCUUCAUUAUUGACGGAUCAAAAAGACUUGGAGCCCGGAAUUUCCAGUUGGUGAAACAGUUUGUCAACAACAUCGUGGACGGAUUGGAAGUGGCGCCGAAUGCGACUCGGGUGGGUCUGGCGCAGUACUCCGCCGGAGUCCGGACGGAAUUCCCUCUCAGACGCUACAGCACGGCCAAGGAAGUCAAGGCAGCCGUGAGCCGGACAAAAUACGCGGGUCAAGGAUUGGGAUGGGGAGUGGCCGUAAGGCAGCUCUUCAAGCAGAGUUUCAGGGUGGUGGAAGGAGCCCGGCCCCUUUCCCGCAACAUCCCCAGAGUGGCCAUCAUGUUCACUGAUGGCCGGGAGCAAGGCAACAUGGCGGAAUGGGCAACCAAAGCAAAGCAGAACGGCAUCAAUAUAUAUGCUGUUGGGGUUGGGGAGACAAUUGAAGAACGACUGCAGCAAAUUGCUUCAUUUCCUCAAGAUGAACACUUGUAUUACGCAAGAAACUCCAGGUCCAUGGGUGAAAUUGCUGAAAAAGUGAAGGCACAGAUUUGCAAAGGAAAUCCAUCAGCUGGUGAUCGAUGCAAAUGCCAAGCAGUUAUGGCUUUCCAGAUACAAGCUAAUGAAGAAAUACAAAGAUUAACCCAGAGAUUAGAUGAAGUACUGAAAAGACUGAAGACUGUUGAAAAUUAUGUCACAACCAAGUAGGAACAAAAAACACUGUCCGUUGCCCUCACUGUAAAUCGGGGAGCUGCAGCAUGGUGCACUGGGUAGCUUUACAAUCAAAUAACACUGUCAAUGUACACAUUUAAUGGAAUCCAAUUGACAAAAGAGAAUUAUUGUUUCUACUGUACAUCACUGACAGUGUGGCAUUUUAUAUUUGUAUGCCAGCUAGUACACUAUCAACUUCUAACGCCUGGAAUGAAAAUAUGCAAACUCAACCAUUUGAGGUUUUUUUUUAAUUUCAAAAGCUAUUGCAAGUCAUUGAAAUAUACCUACUGCCUAUUAUGCAUAGUUUUCUAACCAAUUGUGAAAUGUUUAUGAUGCAAAUAAAGAUGGCAGAAUGCAAUUA